AAUACACUUUGUUUAUUCUGCAGAGAGAACACAACAGUAGCUAUUUGAUGCAGCACCAUCAGCUUUUUAAAAAUUGUUUCAAAGCAGCAAAGCAUCGGUCAGCAUGUUAAACUCAUAGGUUAAACUAUAUCAAUAUAUAGAAAAUGUAUGAACACAAAUAUAUCAGAUUUAUUGACUCACAGGUGGAGUCAUGGCAACCGAACGGUGAUGCGUGACCGAGGUCAUUUAAGAUCUGCAGAACUUUCCACUUUCUCACUUUGCAUUCGGACUGGACUCGACUGGACCUGUUGCAAAACCUGAACACCGGAAAGCAUCUUGGAAAAAAGCGGAUCUUGUUGGAGAACUAAACCAGAGGAGAACUGAUCUUUAGCGGGAAAAGCAACCUGCUGGAAAAAUGCCUAUCAGCACCUCACCUAUCAGAGAGGAACACCUGCUGCCUGGAGGCCAGCGUGAGCCGGACUAUCAUCAUGAAGGUGUCUUCUACAUCAUUGAACGCCCUGCAGCUGAGGGGAUCCCUGAGCUAAUCAGGAUCAUCGACAGGGAAGAAGGUAACACUCUUCCAAUCUAUAUCUCCUCGGACGAUGAGGAAGCAGAGGUUGCAGUCAUUCUAGGGGAAGAUGAAGGUGAAGGCAUUCCCCCUCUGUCCUCGGAUGAUGAAGAAGAGGAAGAAGAGGCUGAGGAUGUCCUUGAGGGCAAUGCAGAUGUGGACAUUCCUCCUCUCUCCUCCACUGAAGAAGGUGAGAAUGAGGAAGACAAUCAUCAAGAGGCUGAGAGUGAUGAAGACACUGACAGUGAAGACACGGACAGUGAAGACACUGAUGGUAGUGAUGACUGGUCUGGGUAUUCUGACUGGAGCAGCGAUGACUCUGGGUAUGAGUCCAUUGGAGAGGAUGAUGAAAAUGAUGAUGAUGGUGAUGAUGAUGGUGAUAAUGCUACUGAUAAGGAUGAUGAGGCUGAUGAUGAAUUUGAUGAGGAGGAAGAAAAUGUCAGACCCCUGUGCUUCCAAGAUCUACGACCACCAGAACCUUGGCUGUACUGGGAUGAACCAGUUCCUCUUACAAUUGUUGAUUUUGUGCGUCAUACUUAUCAGCAUCUUGAACUUCCUCAUCAGCUUCUUCAACUUCCAGAGCAACAUCUUGAACUUCCUCAUCAGCAACUUCAACUACCAGAGCCACAUCUUGAACUUCCUCAUCAGCUUCUUGACCUUCCAGAGCAACAUCUUGAACUUCCUCAUCAGCAUCUUGAACUUCCAGAGCAACAUCUUGAACUUCCUGAGCAGCUGGAACAACCUGAUGAUGAUGAUGAAUGGAGCACAUUUUCAGAACACUCCACCUGUGAGGAAAGCCUCGGAGAAGAGGAUAGUUCUGAAAAGCUGACUCCCUCAACUUCUGGCCUCUUCUCCCCAACAAAGAGAAGCAGAGAGGAGAGCUACAGGGAGAUGAAUCCUGCUAAGAGGCAGAGAGGGAGCUGUGAAGAAAACUUCAGAGAGAAUGAGAACUCAGAAGACCUGAGACCCUUGACUUCUGGCCUCAGCUCUUCUACAAAGAGUAACAGGGAGGAGCGCUUCACAGAGAUGAAUCCUGCUAAGAGGUUGAGAGGGAGCUGUGAAGAUAGUCUCAGAGAGAAUGAGAACUCAGAAGAGCUGAGACCAUCGACUUCUGGCCUCAGCUCCUCUACAAAGAGGAGCAAGGAGGAGAACUACAGGGAGAUGAAUCCUGCUAAGAGGCUGAGAGGGAGCUGUGAAGAUAGCCUCAGACAGAAAGACAGCUCAGAAGAGCCAAUUCCAUCAAUGUCUAGUCCUGGGUCCUUCAUAAAUAGGAGCUUUGAGAGACACUGUGAGGUUUUUCCCGUGAGGCCAUGGUGGUAUAACGACAGUGACAGUGAUUAGGAUUGUCAACCCUUUAUAAUGCAGGACUGACUGACCAUCUGGAAACAGCAGGAUUUGGUAGCUGGAUUUUUUUUGUAACCCUGAGGAGUGGCCUUUGCGUCUGGCGGGGCUGGCAGUACCCUAGGUAGCGUCUUGCACUGGGGUCUAUCUGUAUCCAGUAACUGAAUUUGUUUUUGUGACAAUAAGGGCUGUCCUUUGCAUCUAUCGGGGCUGGCAGUACCCUAGGUAGCGUCUUGCACCAGGGUCUAUCUGUAUCCAGUAACUGAAUUUGGUUUUGUAACAAUAAGUGCUGUCCUUUGCGUCUGGCGGGGCUGGCAGUACCCUAGGUAGCGUCUUGCACCGGGGUCUAUCUGUAUCCAGUGACUGAAUUUGGUUUUGUAACAAUAAGUGCUGUCCUUUGCGUCUGGCAGGGGUGGCAGUACCCUAGGUAGCGUCUUGCACCGGGGUCUAUCUGUAUCCAGUGACUGAAUUUAUUUUUGUAACAAUAAGUGCUGUCCUUUGCGUCUGGCGGGGCUGGCAGUACCCUUGGUAGCGUCUUGCGCCGGGGUCUAUCUGUAUCCAGUAACUGUUUUUUUUUUUUUACAAUAAGUGCUGUCCUUUGCGUCUGGCAGGGCUGGCAGUACCCUAGGUAGCGUCUUGCGCCGGGGGUCUAUCUGUAUCCAGUAACUGAAUUUAUUUUUGUAACAAUAAGUGCUGUCCUUUGCGUCUGGCGGGGCUGGCAGUACCCUAGGUAGCGUCUUGCACCGGGGGUCUAUCUGUAUCCAGUGACUGAAUUUGGUUUUGUAACAAUAAGUGCUGUCCUUUGCGUCUGGCGGGGGUGGCAGUACCCUAGGUAGCGUCUUGCACCGGGGUCUAUCUGUAUCCAGUGACUGAAUUUAUUUUUGUAACAAUAAGUGCUGUCCUUUGCGUCUGGCGGGGCUGGCAGUACCCUUGGUAGCGUCUUGCGCCGGGGUCUAUCUGUAUCCAGUAACUGUUUUUUUUUUUUUUUACAAUAAGUGCUGUCCUUUGCGUCUGGCGGGGCUGGCAGUAACCUAGGUAGCGUCUUGCACCGGGGGUCUAUCUGUAUCCAGUGACUGAAUUUAUUUUUGUAACAAUAAGUGCUGUCCUUUGCAUCUGGCGGGGCUGGCAGUACCCUAGGUAGCGUCUUGCGCCGGGGUCUAUCUGUAUCCAGUGACUAAAUUUGUUUUUGUAACAAUAAGUGCUGUCCUUUGCGUCUGGCGGGGCUGGCAGUACCCUAGGUAGCGUCUUGCACCGGGGUCUAUCUGUAUCCAGUGACUGAAUUUGGUUUUGUAACAAUAAGUGCUGUCCUUUGCGUCUGGCGGGGCUGGCAGUACCCUUGGUAGCGUCUUGCACCGGGGUCUAUCUGUAUCCAGUAACUGUUUUUUUUUUUUUUUACAAUAAGUGCUGUCCUUUGCGUCUGGCGGGGCUGGCAGUACCCUAGGUAGCGUCUUGCACCGGGGUCUAUCUGUAUCCAGUGACUGAAUUUAUUUUUGUAACAAUAAGUGCUGUCCUUUGCGUCUGGCGGGGCUGGCAGUACCCUUGGUAGCGUCUUGCGCCGGGGUCUAUCUGUAUCCAGUAACUGUUUUUUUUUUUUUUACAAUAAGUGCUGUCCUUUGCGUCUGGCAGGGCUGGCAGUACCCUAGGUAGCGUCUUGCACCGGGGUCUAUCUGUAUCCAGUGACUGAAUUUAUUUUUGUAACAAUAAGUGCUGUCCUUUGCGUCUGGCGGGGCUGGCAGUACCCUAGGUAGCGUCUUGCGCCGGGGUCAUUCUGUAUCCAGUGACUGAAUUUGUUUUUGUAACAAUAAGUGCUGUCCUUUGCGUCUGGCGGGGCUGGCAGUACCCUAGGUAGCGUCUUGCACCGGGGUCUAUCUGUAUCCAGUGACUGAAUUUAUUUUUGUAACAAUAAGUGCUGUCCUUUGCGUCUGGCGGGGCUGGCAGUACCCUAGGUAGCGUCUUGCGCCGGGGGUCUAACUGUAUCCAGUAACUGAAUUUGUUUUUGUAACAAUAAGUGCUGUCCUUUGCGUCUGGCGGGGCUGGCAGUACCCUAGGUAGCGUCUUGCACCAGGGUCUAUCUGGAUCCAGUGACUGAGUUUGUUUUUGUAACAAUAAGUGCUGUCCUUUGCGUCUGGCGGGGCUGGCAGUACCCUAGGUAGCGUCUUGCGCCGGGGUCUAUCUGUAUCCAGUAACUGUUUUGUUGUUUUUUUUUACAAUAAGUGCUGUCCUUUGCGUCUGGCAGGGCUGGCAGUACCCUAGGUAGUGUCUUGCGCCGGGGGUCUAUCUGUAUCCAGUAACUGAAUUUGUUUUUGUAACAAUAACUGCUGUCCUUAGCGUCUGGCGGGGCUGGCAGUACCCUAGGUAGCGUCUUGCACCAGGGUCUAUCUGUAUCCAGUGACUGAAUUUAUUUUUGUAACAAUAACUGCUGUCCUUUGCGUCUAUCUGGGCUAGCAGUACCCUAGGUAGCGUCUUGCACCAGGGUCUAUCUGUAUCCAGUGACUGAAUUUGGUUUUGUAACAACAAGUGCUGUCCUUUGCAUCUGGCGGGGCUGGCAGUACCCUAGGUAGCGUCUUGCACCGGGGUCUAUCUGUAUCUUCUCUGAUCCAAGCCUGAGCAAACCUUUGCUGUUGCUCCUUUGUGUCAAUGGAAGCCAGUUUAAAACUGACUCCUACAUCUGCCACUGUGGCUUGAGGCUCAGUGGGCUUCACAAGGAGGAGGAGCCAGGGACCAAAAAACACAACAACAACAAUGGAGGAUCUGCUCAUCCACCCAACUGUAAAUCAUAUAAAGUUAGGAAAAUGUAAGUACAAGCUUCUGACUUAGAAUGAAAGUAUCUGGUUUCUUUCCAUUUAAUAUCACUUAUUAUCCAUUUAAUGAUCACUUAUUUAUACAUUUUGUCACUUAUUUAAUGAGUCAAAGAUUACUCACUUUGUUUUUUCUUAUUUUUUAAAAUGAUUUUUUACUGAGGUGAAGAUUGCUUUACAAGAUACAGGCAUGGAAAUCAUUAAUGACAACAUUAACACAUGAAUCUUGCAAGCCUUAUAUUGUAACUCAGUCAUUACUUAUCUUACUCACUCUGUUGUACUCAUUGUUGUAUUUUUUUCUGAGGUGCAUUUGGCUGUGACAGGCAGAGUUUUUUGUCACAGAAGUGCAGAAGGCUGUAGAGCUGUAGUGUGACGCAGCAGGUCCACCAGUGAGUGAACACGUCGAGCAUCAUCAACCAUCCAUCCACCGGUCAGACAACCCUGAUCUUGAGAACCACAGCUUCACACUUCAAUAAGAGUUAUGUAUCACAGGUUCUUAGUACUCAACAUUCUGGAGGCCACCCUGUUUAACAGAGCAGAUGGCUUUCUAUCAUGCUGUUGUUUUGUUGUAUAUCCACAGCCUCCAGGAUUAUAUGGACUGCAUCAACCUCCCCACAGGAAGCGACAACAUGAAGGACAGAGACUCAACUUUCAAGCAGUACAUCCAGGGUUCCCGUGAUGACAAAGAAGAAAUGCUAACACUUGACACAUCACAGGAUAAGCUGGGAAGCUUCAGUAGACUGAACAAGGCAGGACUCCUGUGUCUCCUGGGGCACCAGGCAGUAGAUGGCAACCAGCCAAUGAUCCAAGGAAGCUCCAGCACCAUAGCACCAAACACAAUCAACCACUUUCAACACCAAACUUUCUUCCAGACCCAAUCGGAAGGGGUGAUUCCCUAAAUCCCCCAUCAAUCCCUCUCUCACCAGUCAAGAAGAUGGAGAGGAUGAACACAAGAGUAGGGUUUCAGUCAACUAACAGAGAAAGACUCCUGAAGUCAAACAACCAUCGCAGAAAGCUCCAGCACCACAGCUCUGGGCACCCUGAACCACUUUCAGCACUAAACUUUCAUCCAGAAAGGAUCUCUCAAUCCCCUCCAGCCCACCCUCCUCCAGCAGUCAAGAGGACAAGGAGGACCAGCUCGAGAUCAGUGUUUCAGUCAACUCAGAAACAGGCCUGGUGCCACAAGGAAUCUUAAGGGGGCUUAGCCCCAUCAGUUAUAUUUUCCCCCCGUCUGUUUAAGAUUUAUGUAUCUACAGAAAAAUAGCAAAACCAACAAAAUUAUUGGCUGAGAUACACAUACACAAGACUAUCGCUUAACUGUUGUUUCAGAACAAUGGACAGUGCUGUUUGUGGUGUGUAGGGGGUGUGUGCGCCACAACAUGAUAAAAAAAAAAAAAAGCCAGACAGAGAAUCGUUCAUAAAUUAAAAAAUAUUUAGCUCUCAGCUAGUGCAACAUUCUUAUGUGAGUGCUCUGGUUAGUAAUUGUAUUGUAUUUUGAAACAGUAGACUUAAGUUGUUGUUAUUUAGCCUUUCUGAGGCUAUUGGAUGGUUAAAUCAAUUAAUUUUAUUUUAUGAAAAAAUUUGCCCCUUUGCAGUUUUUAACAGCCCCCUAAGUCACUUCAUCCUGGCGCUGAGCCAGUUAAGAAAGAAAGUAAGCCCCUUAUAAACUCUAGAAAAGUCACCAAAUUGAGAUAAUCUUGAAAAGACAAAAUUAACAUUACAUUUCAGGAUAUUUCUUAUCAACUUGAAUAAUAUAUAUAGUAAAUAUUCAUUACUUGUUCUCAAGUCCAGUGUGGGAAAAAAACAAAUAUCCAUUUGGAAGAAUUGACAUCUUGGUAAUCCAAUUAGUUAUUCCUCACAACCAAAUGGGGCAUUAUGUUCUAUGGCAAUGAUUUUUUGGUUAAAAAGAAUAAAUAGCAGACAUGAGGGUGUUUUUUGUUGUUGUUGUUUUUUUCUAUGUGAUGAGUUGAAUGCUUAGAUAUCAUUUGUAUAUAUUAUAUAACCAUGUAAUAUACAUGAUAACACAUAUGGAUAUCAAGAUAGUGUAGGAAUAAAUUGUUAACUCUGUAUCCCGUCCAUAUAAUUGAAUGGUAGCUAGUGUUUAUAGGCACUAUUUUUAUGUACUGAGUCUGCCUAAUGUACUUGUGGUGUUGAAUUAAAUAAAAAACAACUAAAUCUAAA